CUCUUUAAAAAAAAAAAAAAAUUUGAGACAGAACUUCUUUAAGUUACCCAGCCAAGGUUUGGACUUAGGAUCCUCUUGCCUCAGGUUCUUAGAGUACUGGGAUUACGGAUGUGUGCCACCCUGUGCAUUUUGAAAAUUCUUUAUAUACUAAGAAUAUUGGCCCUUUAUUUAUUUACAUAUCAAGAAUAUAUAUCAGAAUGCAUGAUGUAAAUACUUUUUCCAUUUUGUCAUUUAUUUGUUGACUUUGUUUCUGAUAUUUUUACCAUAAAAUUUUAUUUUUACAUAGUGUACUUAAACAUUAGUCUUUUAUUGCAUCUGAUUUUAGUUAGAAAGCUUUCUGUAUACCCAGACCAUGGAGGUAUUUACCUGCAUUUUUUGAGUACUUGUAUAACUUUUUUUUUUUUUUUUUUUUUAGUAUUUAGAGCCCUGUUCCACUUGAAGUUUAUUUCUGUGUAUGGUGUAAAGAAUGGAUGUAAUGUUAUCUUUUUCUGUUUAGCUUUUAGUAGUUGCAACACUAUUAAAUAAAGAUUGGCUUUUCCCCCAAUAGUGUGAAACACCAUCAUUAUCAUUUGUUUCUGUGGGUAGUGGGGACAGUUGUUGAACUUUCUAUUUCAUGUCUGUGUAUAUAUUACUACCACACUGUUUUAUUUAGAGUCUUUUUACUAUGUUUUCAUAUCUAUUAUAGCUAAUAUCCUCUCAGCUCUUUCUUUGCUUUUUUUUCAUAGCAAUUUAUGUGUGUUUAUUUUAAAAGAUUGGUCUUACAACUAUAGAAACUUAAGUAUUUUUCUGUCCUGAGGGUCCAAGGUUAGUGGACAUAGAGGGGCCAAGACAGAAAAAGAAAUGGAUGGAGCAGGGCUCUAAUGUGUGUGGGAACAGCAUUCUGAACACAUUCACCUUUCAUUUCCUUCUAUCUAUUUUAUUUUAUUUUAUUUUAUUUAUUUUUGUUUGGAGAUAGCAAAUUGGUGUAUAGCCAGGCUGGCCAUGGGCUCACUCUAUAGCCCCAGAUGGCUUCAACUCAUGGUGAUUGUCCUGUCUCAGCCUCUUGUGUACUGGGAUUAUAGGCAUGUGCCACCACAACCAGCUACAUUUACCUUUUAUAUCAGUGUGUUGCUGCUGUAGUCCUAGAGUUCCACUGUCUACACAGAAGCUGUCAUUUCCGUGGACUCUGCCCAAAGUAAUAAAGGGAGUGUCACAUUUGAAGACGAGCACUGAGGAUGAGGAACCAAUUGGAAUGAAUGACUAUGUUGGAAAUCCAGAAUAUAAGUGGCCAAAAGCAGAAGGUCUUCACAAGGAUUAUAGGCAAGAAUCAAAGAUUGAUGAAGUUUGUAAUUGGGAUAGCAAGGUAGAGAAUCCAUUGGAAAAGUCCAAGGGGAAAAGAAUGAAGGAAGACCUAAGUGGCAUCAUAGAAAAGAUUAGCAAAACUAAGAACAUGGCAAAUAUAAAGACAGAACAGGAAGAUGAGGCCUCUGAGAAAAGCUUACAGUUGAGCUCAAAGCCUGUUACCCACCAAACUGUCCCUGUAGAACAGAAAAGCAAUGAACAAAACAAUUGUGUGGAGAAUAUUAAUGGAAACUCUUAUAGCAUUCUACAGCAGAAAACCAGUGCUGUUAAAAAUUCACAUAAAUGUGAUGAGUGUGGGAAGUCCUUCAAAUAUAAUUCCCGUCUUGUUCAACAUAAAAUUAUGCACACUGGGGAAAAACGCUAUGAGUGUGAUGAGUGUGGAGGGACUUUCAGGAGCAGCUCCAGCCUUCGAGUCCACAAGCGGAUCCAUACUGGGGAGAAGCCGUACAAGUGUGAUGAAUGUGGGAAGGCUUAUAUGUCCUAUUCCAGCCUUAUAAACCACAAAAGCACUCAUUCUGGGGAGAAGAACUGUAAAUGUGAUGAGUGUGGAAAAUCCUUCAAUUAUAGCUCUGUUCUGGACCAGCAUAAAAGGAUCCACACUGGAGAAAAGCCCUAUGAGUGUGGUGAGUGUGGGAAGGCCUUCAGAAAUAGUUCUGGUCUCCGAGUCCACAAGAGGAUACACACAGGGGAGAAACCUUAUGAAUGUGACAUCUGUGGAAAAACUUUUAGUAAUAGCUCUGGUCUGAGGGUCCACAAAAGGAUUCAUACAGGUGAGAAGCCCUAUGAAUGUGAUGAGUGUGGGAAGGCCUUCAUUACUUGCAGGACACUUCUAAACCACAAAAGCAUCCACUUUGGAGAUAAACCAUAUAAAUGUGAUGAGUGUGAGAAAUCCUUCAAUUAUAGUUCUCUUCUCAUUCAGCAUAAAGUCAUCCACACUGGAGAGAAACCUUACGAGUGUGAUGAAUGCGGUAAGGCCUUCAGGAACAGUUCGGGCCUCAUAGUGCAUAAAAGGAUUCACACGGGAGAGAAACCUUAUAAGUGUGAUGUCUGUGGCAAAGCAUUCAGCUAUAGCUCAGGCCUUGCAGUCCAUAAGAGCAUUCACCCAGGGAAGAAAGCCCAUGAAUGUAAAGACUGUGGCAAAUCCUUUAGUUAUAACUCACUCCUUCUUCAACAUAAAACUAUUCAUACUGGAGAGAGACCUUAUGUAUGUGAUGUAUGUGGGAAAACUUUCAGAAACAAUUCAGGCCUCAAAGUCCACCGGAGACUUCAUACUGGGGAAAAACCGUACAAGUGUGAUGUGUGUGGGAAAGCCUAUAUCUCACGCUCUAGCCUUAAAAAUCACAAAGGUAUCCAUCUAGGGGAAAAACCCUAUAAAUGUAGCUAUUGUGAGAAAUCCUUCAACUACAGCUCUGCCCUUGAACAGCAUAAAAGGAUUCAUACUAGGGAGAAACCUUUUGGGUGUGAUGAGUGUGGAAAAGCCUUCAGAAACAAUUCAGGCCUUAAAGUACAUAAACGAAUCCACACUGGGGAGAGACCUUACAAAUGUGAAGAAUGUGGGAAAGCAUAUAUCUCACUGUCAAGCCUUAUAAAUCAUAAAAGUGUACACCCUGGGGAGAAGCCCUUUAAAUGUGAUGAGUGUGAGAAAGCCUUCAUCACAUACCGAACCCUUAUAAAUCACAAAAAAACUCAUCUUGGAGAGAAGCCCUACAAAUGUGAUGUGUGUGAGAAAUCUUUUAAUUACACUUCACUUCUUUCUCAACACAAAAGGGUACACACUAGAGAGAAACCCUAUGAAUGUGAUAGAUGUGAAAAGGUCUUCAGAAACAACUCAAGCCUUAAGGUUCAUAAAAGGAUACAUACCGGGGAGAAGCCCUAUAAAUGUGAUGUGUGUGGAAAAGCCUACAUCUCACACUCAAGCCUUAUUAACCAUAAAAGUACCCACCCUGGCAAGACACCCUAUACAUGUGAUGAAUGUGGUAAGGCUUUUUUCUCAAGCAGAACUCUUAUAAGCCAUAAAAGAGUCCAUCUUGGGGAGAAACCCUUCAAGUGUGUUGAGUGUGGAAAAUCUUUCAGUUACAGCUCUCUCCUUUCUCAGCACAAGAGGAUCCAUACAGGGGAGAAACCCUAUGUAUGUGAUAGAUGUGGGAAGGCAUUUAGGAACAGCUCGGGCCUCACAGUGCAUAAAAGGAUCCACACAGGUGAAAAGCCCUAUGGAUGUGAUGAGUGUGGGAAGGCAUACAUCUCACACUCAAGUCUUAUCAACCAUAAAAGUGUUCACAAUGGGAAGCAGCCCUAUAAUUGUGAGUGUGGAAAGUCCUUCAAUUAUAGGUCGGUCCUUGAUCAGCACAAGAGGAUCCACACUGGGAAGAAGCCAUACCGUUGUAAUGAGUGUGGGAAAGCGUUUAAUAUCAGGUCAAAUCUCACCAAGCAUAGAAGAAUCCAUCCUGGAGAAGAAUCUUUAAAUGUGAUAAAUGUGGAGAGUCAGUGUAGUACAUCCCAGAUGAGGAUCUACGAGGGAGGGAUUGCUUUGGGUGGGACCAGGAUGAAGAUGCCGCUAUGGGAGGCAGAGCUUUCCAAGUCUCAAAGAACUCAUAUGGAAGAGAAACCACAUGAAUGUAAGAAUUUUUGAGAUCUAUAUUCACAGCUUGUAAUUUUCAUAGUAUAAAUGAAACCAUUCUACAUAACCAUAAGUAACCAUUUCUGUGAUUUUCACACAGUCAGCAAAGAAGGCUCCAGUUUCAAGAUAGUUGAGCCCUUUUGGAAUAUAAAAUAGUCCACACUGGGAAUUUAAAGUAUCAAAGUGAUGGCAUAUUUUUGAAAUUCUAAAAAUUAAGCAGAUAUUUUUGAACCUAAAAUAUGUAGAUGACAAAAGGGCUCUAAUUAGAAAUCAUAUCACCAUAUAAACUACUUGAGUAAAUUUUGUGAGUAGAAAUGUAGGUAAUUCAGGCAUAGCUUUUAAUCCCUAUUGUAUCUUGGACAGUAAAAAGGAAGAAAAAUCUAAGAAGGGCCUCAAGGCAACAGGCAAAUUUAGGGAGAGAUAGGCUUCAGGGAAUAGAAAUGUAUUAGUGAUUAUGAAUUACAUAAAAUAAUUGAAUGGUUUGGGGGAGGUAGAUGACCACUUCUGAAACAAAAUUUGGAUUUCUUUAUAGGAAAAAAAAAACUGUAAUAAGUCUUAACUUGAAGUAGGAGUCACUCUAGAAAUGCAAAUUGAAUUUACUAUGCUAAUACUCUAGUUGAGUGAGUGACAGUUUUUUAAAGUUUCAAAUGAACUCCAAUGAAUAAUGAAUGUGAUAAAUGAAAACUUAGGUUGUUACAGUAAACUGGUCUAUCAUGGAAUGGAUUUUGGUACCUGUAAUAGUUAACAGAACACAUCUUCAAUGUGAAUUUGCACCUUAUAGAAUUGAUUCAGGGAUUCCUGUGAGUGGGAAUGUUGGGAAGGAGGGCAUUUUAUUACAAGAGCUAAAAUGCUAAUAGCUACCAGUAAUUGAGAGAGAAUAAAAAAUCUAUGGUUCUUUAUACUCCUGUUAAGUGUUUGUUUUGAAAUUCAUUGUAAAGAUUUCAUGUACCAUAUGUGUACUGUAUAUUGUCACUUGUAAAGUAUGAAUACUUUGUUCAGGGCUCAGUCUUUGUCAUGAAGGCCAGAUAGUUAUGGUAAGGUAAGGUGCAAAUCCAAUAAAGAAAUUCUUCAAAUGUAAA